AUGUCUGCAUUUCCUUUUCACGUAGGUGGUGAUUCUAUCUUGACAUCUAAUAUUGAAGAUCCAGUGAAAAGCAUAGUAAACAAGAUACUAGAAGUUCAGAAAACAGCAAGACCCCCUUUGUAUGUCAUGGCACUUGAUCUCUUAGUAAAAUACCCUGAUUCAGCACUUGGACAGCUCCAUAUAGAAAGUACUUUGGACAGAAACAGACUGUACAUCUCUGGGAAUGGAGUCCUCUUUCAGCAUGUCAGAAACUGGUUAGGAAUUUGUCGACUCCCACUUAUUGAAAGCACGUCUGAAAUCCAGGAACUCUGUGCUUUCUUGGACCAAAGUGACAUCACUUAUGAACCAAUGAAAGAUGCUUUGAAAAAUUAUUUGAAACAAAAGACCCCUUCAGAGAUCAUGGAAUACAAUACAGAUUGGAGAGCAGAAGUAACUACCUACUCCUUACAUCAGAUUGUGAAAAUAUAUGUAGGAAGUCACUGGUAUGAAACUUACUUACAAACCUUGCUGAAGUGUCCACAGUUGCUGUCAAAUGGCAAAAAAGUGUAUUGGAUUACAUAUGGCCAGAGCCUCCUAAUCCACGGAGAUGGACAAAUAUUUCGACAUGUUCUCAACUUCCUUAGACUUGGCGAGCUGUUUUUACCAGCUGAAUUUAAAGAAUGGGCCCUAUUUUGUCAAGAAGUAGAGGAAUACAGAAUCCCUUCUCUACUAGAGGCACUGUAUCAAUGUGAUGCAUACAGAUUAUGGAAAAAACAUGAAAUUCCCAGUGAAGCUUUUCCAUUUAAAAGAUUAGAUAUUGUAACUUGGGAUAAGGAGCAUGAGUUAAGCAAAGACCCAAAAGAAGAACAUUCAUAUACUGCUGUGGAUUUCAAUAAAUGCUAUGGAAAUACUUGGAGUAAAAUAAAAGACUUGAAAGAAAGGCAGGACAAGAAAGGAGAAAAUGACAUGUAUGCCAGAAUAAUCUCACAGAUGAGAGGGACAAAGCGAAGAUUUAAGCCUGCAGGACAUCAUCAGUCUACAGACAGUCAAGUGAAUUCCAGCUACUGUAACCAUUCAGGGAGUCCUCCAAGGAAGAAGGGCAUAAGAAGUAAAUUGAAAAAGAGAUCCAGAAGUAAAGACUCAGCCACCCCCAUUAAGAAACUAAUAUUCCUGGUCAAGGAAUGGGACACAGUGAACUCGAAAAGGUGUGAAUGCCAGCAUAUGAAACUAGCCUAUGAGAAUCUUACAGAGAGCACAUUUCAGUGCAAAGCCUUUGAAAAUGAGGGCUACACUAAUGAGCUUGCUGUUCAUUCUCCUGCCAGAGGAGGUCAUGCAGUACAGAAAAAUGAUCAAACCAUGCCAGAUGCAUUUGGUGCCGAAGAAAAACAUUUAGAACAACACACAUUCAAACAAAUUAUGCUGGCUACCUCAGCCAUUGAAAAACCCAGAUACAGCACUAUAGAAGAGCCUUACUCAACAGAAACAACAGCCACAUGGAGAGGCCAGGAACAAAUACAAGCAGAAAUGGUAAACGAUGAAUCAAAUGCUGUAACCAAAGAAUUUAAUAAUGUAGGUUUGAUUCUUAAAGUUGAACAUCUUCCCAUUGUAAGCAGUGAUGGCUCUUGUGCAUACAACGAAGAGAGUCUUAUUUACAGCACACAGCUUGAUGGCAGCAAACUGGCUAAUAGAAGUGCUCAUGCAUUAUGUCAAGAUAUUGUUUUCCUAAGUUUUGCUCUGUCACAUGAAGAGAUAUUCUAUGCUAGGAUGUGCCACUGUUUUCUGACUGACAUCAUCCUGAAUUCAAUCAGUCAGAAGGAUCCCAAGGAAAUCACAGACAAAGUUGUGAUCCUAGUGAACAAGCUUUGGACCCUGCAGAUCACACCAAGAGAGUUUGUUGCUGAUUUGCUUAACACAAAGAAGUUUAAAGAUAACAGAUACAUUCAGGAAAAACUACUUAGAUGGGUGGAAUUCACACUGCCAUUUGCAUGGAAGUACAGUCGCUGCAUGGAUGUACUGAUCAAGAAAGGGUACCUCAGAUCCAUAUCAUAUUUUGCCUUGGUAACAUAAUUUACAGAAGCUUUAAUAAACUUUGAUCUAGAUAUUUUA